GGCCGCCAAAGUGCGCAUCCGCUCCCGUUCCAGGGGAUGAAUACCCUCUAAUGCAGCAUCAACAUCUCUGGUUUGCGCUUCGAUGACUUCCGUCAUUCCGUUUUCAGAGUCAUAGCUCGGUGGUCGGUAUCCGAGAUUGCGCUGAAUUUGUUCCAUGGCUUGGUCGUAUGUCGGAGUCAAUGGCGAAAGAGGAAUGUGUUUCACAUGGACGAAAUCCGGAUUCAUACGCUGGGAGCAACAAGGUUAGUCACAGGUAGAUCGAUAUAUUUCACGAGUACGGAUGGGAUAGACAUGCCCUGCUUGUGCGGAAGUUGCCAUAGACAGGUGGUGGUGGAGGUAUCGAUACGGUGUGCUCAGGAGCCAGUGCCAUUGCCUCGAUGUCACCGCCACCAGGCUCGUCAUCGGAGGCCAUGAAUAUUUGGAUCGGCUUUUCAGGAGGAGGCACCUCUCCAGCCAUCCCACCAUGUACACCGCUCGUCCAUUCGCAAUGCUCAUGCGGUGCGUUUCGCAGACCUCUGGGUUGUCUUGCAUGGUGACGCCCGCUGGGUCUGUGUCUAUGUUUGUAUCGUGACCCCCGCGGCCGUCGCAUCAGCAUGAACAUGCGGAUGAGCUGGUGGCAGAAAACCCCGGAUAAUGCCAAGAUCAGCAGAAUCGAGAGGACAUGGAACAUGGUGUUUCGUGCGAUGCCGGUAAUGGAAAGCACCAGGUCUGCCAUGCAAUAUUGUGUUAGCCGGCCGUCUUUUGUCGUUGGGACUAUCGAUCGGUGGAACUUACAGAUCACCACAGCAAUGAUAAGGGUAAUGCCGAAGGCAAAGCUUAUCCUGGCUUUUGCAUUCACUCGAGGAUCGCCGAAUGAUCUUCUCCUCGACAGACCGGCAAGUUGGGUCUCAGGAUGAUGUCUGGAGGACCGCGUGCUUCGGCUACUGCCGUUGCCGCUGCGAGCUGAUCGCGAAGAAACCGAGCGCUGCGAAUGCCCUGUUCGGCGCUCCGUGUUCCGUGAUGUUGACGUUUCAACGGAUUCUGCAUGGGAAUCGGUCUGGCUGCCCUCGCGCAAACUGCCCCCAUACAUAUCUGAGGUUUCACUCCGAGAGUCCACCGGCACCGACAAGGGUCGAACUCCAGCAGGAGUUGAAGGGGCAGAUUCGAUCAUAGAGCGUGUUGAGCUGCGGGAUCUGGUGCCGGCAUCUCGAACGAAUAGGUUGUUGCGGGCGGAUGACCUAGACGUCGACAAAAAGAGCGGAACCACAAACGUCUUUCCUGGGGCAAUUGAAGGGGCUGAGGACUCGAUCGGCCCAUGGUCUCCCCGCCAUAGACGCGAUAUUCCGCUGAUGGCAGUCUGCCGUAUAUCGCGCGAGGAGUAGUAGCCGCGCGAAGACGCUCUCCCCAUAGCCAUGAAAAAAAUGUUGGGUGCUUCAAGAUGGAUUUCUUGAAUCGUGCUGAGCACUGCUCACACGGCUUCAACUUCAAGGAGGAAGAAGAAUUGUGGAGGGCACGUUGCAAUAAAAGGGACGCGUGAGAUGGUGAAGACUCGGGUGAAUGCGAGGGGUUCAUAAACUUGGGCUCAAGAAGUGCACAACAAGCAAAGCACAACAAGCAAAGCACAACAACAGGGAAUCGCGAACACGUACGGGCCGCGCCAGUAUGGGGGUGUUUAAGACUUGACCAUUUUCCUACCAGCGGCCGUUAUGGAUGAAGAUACAUCUUGUUUCUUUGCGACAACGAGUCCCGUCGAUAUGGUCCAGAUAGACAUGGAAUGGACUGAGGGCCAAUGGGUGAAACAAUUCCUAACCCUUCACCACCGUCAUGCCACAUUCGACAGGUCAUCGGAAUCGCCUUCAUGGUAGAACGAGACUUCAAUGGUCCGUUCAGUGCGUCGACUGCCACUGCAGACGUUGUCUGGGCAGAAGAACAGACACGUCCAUGGUAGGUAGCUGAGUUCAAGUUGAGGCUCGUCAAAACGGGGACGCGACCUGAAACACGACCCUGGAAGUUCGCGUCUCUCCCACUUUUUUUCCCGACACUUGGCGCGCUCUCCAUCUCCAACCAGUCCCUGACUUUUCGCCAUUUUGCAGACAACCGUUGAUGGGAUGGCAAGGUGCAGUAAAUGUAUCCUGCAUCCAUGUCUAUUAUGGUUACAGACAGCCCUUCCAAACUGCAAUCAUGCUGUUGGUGCCCAACAAACGCGGCUUUGGCGGCCGCCUCUCGCACAAGACACCGGACCAUUUGAGUGUCAGUUUUGUUGCGAGAUGCCUCGAGUUGCGGUGAAAGAGGACACCACAACGUCCUCUGUCAAGCCUCCUAAAUGUUAUGCAUCUGCGACGUGGUAUCUCUGAACAAGCGGCAGCCGGCCGUAAUAAUAACUUCUCGAUCCUGAA